CCUUAAGACACUAUUGGAAAUUCUGGAAUAUCUUUAUACCGCUAGAUUAUAUGAGUAUCCAUUUAUCAAUUUAUCUUGGCGGAUGCCUUCACUUCCAGAUUUCCUCUGAAGCGUACUAUAAUAACGGGCGGCAGCUCCCCUCUGCAUUGGCCAGCCCCAACCGCCAAAGACUGACAUCUAGCCGCACCCCAAUUGGGCCUCCAAAGGUAGCGGGGGCUCCUGUCCCGGCUGCCCAACACGCAUCGCUCAUGUCUCUUGCGGCGAUGCCCUUCAUCGACAACGAUCUACUGUGGAGCUCUGAUCAUGACGGAAAAAUGGUCGACCUCUCAUCAUGCCUACAAGAUGCAUCAGUAGCAGUAGAUCAACAAAACCCUCCAACAUCUGGCGCAGCCGUUUUUACGUCCAAUACGCCAGCUACUCCUCAAAACAACGGUAUGAACGAACUUGCUCACUCAGACCUGAGCUCGCUGGUUCCUACCAUCGCAGAACCUCACAUCAAUGACCAGGAGGACAUCUUCAGGCAUUUACCCGAGGACACAGCUGUUAUUGACCUAGAUAGCAUUUUCAUGGCAGAGUUUCCCGGGUAUAUCAAGCAAGAAGAGAACAACAACACUAUCCCCACCCCUUCAGACACUCCAGUACCACCAGGCUGCCAUCACCCCUCUCAGGAUACUGAAAACUGUGUCACCAGUUCGGCUGUGUGCCAGAAGGUGGCGUCUUCGCACGAGCAUCACCGAAAGUUCACGAUUGCUGCUGCCAAUCCGAUCUUGGCCGAGAAGCUGUCGACACCGGCUGACGCGCAGGCGCCGACCACGCAAUUGGCCACACUCACACCGAAAGUGGAGAAAGGUAAGUGACAAAUACGGGACACUCGAGAAAAGGUCCUAAACUCAGAAAUUGCAAAGUAUUCUGCUACAAUUACCUGUAUUUCGCCUCGAGAACGAGAAGAGAAGCGUGCAAUACGUGUGUUAGAAAGAG